UUGUAGGUACCUAAUUCGAUUUUUCCAGCAAGUAACUAAAGAUGAAGUUCCUCGUCUUCGCUGCCCUGGUCGCCAUGGCUACGGCCAACCCACUGAACACGUGGUCAGUCGCGGACCUCACUGCCGCGGUCAACGACCCCAGGACCGAUGCCAACUUCCUCCCCUACCUUCAGCAUGCGCUUAACGAACUGCUCAACGCCAUUGCUGGUGGACACGAGGUGGACGCCAUUGUUGUGCCAACUCCAACAGUCCUGGAGGUAGCAAGUCAACCAACUACGUGGACUCUUCCUGAAUUGUCUGCUGCCCUCCAGAAUUCACACACCGACCCUGAAAUCAGGCCCCUCCUUGUGGAUGCUCUUAACAACCUUAUGAGCGCGAUACACUCUGGAGAUAACGUUAAUUCCAUUGUCGUCAACAUGCCGGUCGAGGAAGUCGUUGAGCCUGAAAAGCCUGUGCCCGAGCCUCCCACUCCUCUGCCUCAACCCCCCGUGACCAGCCCCUUGGUGCAGGUCAUCGUCAACGUCAACGGACAACAAACACACUUUACCGAAGUCCCUGCUUUCGAUGACAUCCCACAAGACGUCCUUGCCUCCCUGAGAUAAGAGAGGAAUGACAAAAAGAAAAGCCUUAAGAAAAAAAGAAAAUUCUUUUAAAACAAAAUAAAUGUGCUGUAUUAA